AUGGAGGGGGAUGUGUUGCCGUAUGCGAACACACCGCGCAAUCGCAUCCUGGGCGUCGUGGGGAUGGGAGGGAUUGGGGGGGAGAUUUCAGUCCGGGCGCGGGCGGAAGGGGGCCGAUGUCGAGGGGUUGCUAGGUGGGGCGGUGUACCAUCCCACGCUGAAGGGGAUGUUGGCGGUGGCGGACUGUGUGGUGCUGGCGUGUCCGCAUACGCUAGAGACGCAUCAUAUUUUCAAUCGGGAGACGUUUGCAGCCAUGAAAAAGGGGGUGCGGCAGGUGCGUUGACGAGAAUGCGCUAGCGG